GUCCCGCAUCUCCGGUUUGUCGUCCACCGGUUUGCCUUGGCGCUCUGUACUUUUCCCUGUUGACCUCGUCGUAGCUGAAGUUGCCUGGGUCUUUCUUUAUUUCGUGUCUUUUUAUCUUUAACAUCGUUCACUGAUACUCGUAACCGUCAGGCACCUAUCCCCAUGACGCGAAAGGUUAUUGUAGCGACAGACAAAGUAGAUCUGUUUUCCCGUUUCAAAGUUUUGAUUCAAGAAGUUGCCGAUACCUUUGCUUCGUCAGGAAAUGAGUUCCUUAAAGUCGGUGUUUCCGGUGGAAGCAUGCCAACCAUGCUCGCGCAGGUACUUCCUGGUGUCAAAACGGAUUGGAAGAAAUGGCGGUUUUUCUUUUGCGACGAAAGGCUUGUUCCGGUUGAAAAUAGCGAAAACACUUACGGCAGCUACAACGCACAGCUUGCACCGAAGCUGGGUUUAACAAAGGAACAAUUUGUGGUCGUCGAUACGUCACUGCCUCCUCAUGAAGCGGCUCAGAAGUACUCUGAAAAGUUGAAAGAAUACUUUAAGACUGUUCCGGAGUUCGACCUGUUGCUGUUGGGAAUGGGCCCGGAUGGGCAUACUUGUUCCCUGUUCCCUGGACACAAGCUGCUUGAGGAGAAAACCAAGUGGGUGGCUGACAUUACAGAUUCUCCAAAGCCUCCUCCAUGCCGAGUGACUUUGACUUACCCAGUAAUCAAUUCUGCAAAGCUGGUUGUAUUUACAAUUUCUGGUGCUGAAAAGGCUGACACUGUAGAAAAAGUGCUUCACCCAAAGAAAGGAGAGCCGCGCCUUCCAGCGUCUCUGGUUGAGCCCACCGCAGGCGAUGUCGUCUGGCUUUUGGACACCGCGGCCGCUAGCCUGCUGCCCAAAUGAUUCCUCUUCGUGGCACCGUUGUCUUUCAUUGCGCAACGCGUUGAAAUUGUGCUUCAAGCUGAGACGUAUAAGACCGACAAUAAAUCUUUUGCAUAAACGAA